CAUUUUACGUUUGUCACGGUUUUUUGUCUACUGAUCGCUACUCGCCUGCCCGCAGCCUGUGUUAGUGACUGGUUCCGUAACGCCGUGUACGUAACACUCAUUACAUUAGUUACUUUAAUACGUACCCGCUAACAGUUGGCCGGUAGUUUUCCUAAACAAUUCAUUAAAUUUUAUGAAGUUAAGCUAGUCGCGUUAUUAUAACGACCACGUCUACAAGAAUCGUUCGUUGUUUGUAAUAUUUUUUAUUUGAAAUUAAUUUAAGAUAGAAACACAUUAUGGCCACUGCUGAGAAUCCAAUUUACGGGCCGUUCUUCGGCGUCAUGGGCGCGGCAUCUGCCAUAAUAUUCAGUGCUCUUGGUGCUGCUUACGGCACUGCAAAAUCAGGAACCGGUAUUGCUGCCAUGUCUGUUAUGAGGCCAGAACUUAUUAUGAAAUCUAUUAUCCCAGUUGUCAUGGCUGGUAUUAUUGCUAUUUACGGUCUCGUCGUUGCUGUUCUGAUAGCAGGUGCUCUAGAAGAACCCUCCAAAUACUCACUCUUCAAGGGAUUCAUUCAUCUUGGUGCCGGUCUCUCAGUAGGCUUCAGUGGAUUAGCUGCUGGAUUUGCAAUUGGAAUUGUGGGCGAUGCUGGUGUAAGAGGUACAGCUCAACAACCCAGAUUAUUCGUAGGAAUGAUCUUGAUCCUUAUUUUUGCGGAAGUGUUGGGCUUGUAUGGACUGAUUGUUGCAAUUUACCUUUACACUAAAUAAGAAAUUUGCCCCAAAUUAAUAAAAAAAAACAAAUUUUUUGUUCAACAAACAAACCGUGAACACCGAAACGACAUCAGUCAACAAUACAAACAAAUUAUACCAUAUACUAUCAUACUAUUAACAUUUUAGUUAAAAAGGAAAUCAAAUAUUUCGCCACACACUUCAUUGUAGUAAUUCUUCCUUCCCUGCUUUCAUAAACAACUUCUGUUCACGUAGGAAAAUAUGAAACCUUAAUUUUAAACAUUUCUAUAUAUAUAUAUGAAUUAAAUAAAAGGAUGGCCAUUUCAUGUAUCAAA